GUUUACGUUUUCUCCGUGCGUUCUGCAGUUUUCUUCGGUGCAGCAGCAGCGAUCUGCUGUUGGUGCGUUCGGUCGGAACCGGUGAAUUGUAAUUUCGGGCGGAUAAAUCGCGUGUUAUCGUCGCGAAGUUAGGUGAAAGUGAAUAAAAGAUAGUGCUUAUCAGUGCUUCAUUGCAGUUGCUGAUCCGUGUCAAGGAAUUUGCAGACGCACCACUCACCAUGUCUGACAGCGCUGAAAGCGCGACACCCACCGACGCUGCCGCUGCUCCCAUUUCUGCAGCAUCAGCUGAUGAUGACAACCUUGUUUCCCCGUCAUCGGCACCUCCUGUUAGCAAUAAUAGUGAAGUAAAUAGCGAUGCAAUGAGCGAGACUACUGGUAGUAUCGAAAAUGUCUCAGCCACUUCCGCCGCGGGGACGUCUGAUGUUUCUCUAAAAUCCGAUUCGAUCCUCUCGGAUUCGGAGAAUGCCAACAACGAGAAUCGAGUGAUUGAAAUGGAGGGUGCAACGAAUCCGGCUGGGCCGGAAAGUGUCGAAGCGGAAGAAACAUGCACCGUGAAAGUGGAUGAACCGGAAUCUUGUGCGAAAAGUGAUGACAAAAGCCAGUCACAGGACAAGUACGCGGAGCAUGUUAGUUACGACGAGCAGGGAGAAGCAAUCUAUACCGAUCCGGAAACCAAGUAUCGAUACAAGUGGUGCAAGGUGAAGAACGAGUGGAUUCCGUUCGAUAGUGAACAUUACCGGUGGUGUACGGAAAGUGAAAAGUGGAUUCCCAAGGACAACCCAAAGGAAACGGAACAUUACCGGUGGUGUGAGGAGACGAACCAGUGGAUUCCGAAGCAGCAGGCUUCGGAACAGGGUAGUGUCUACAGCUCCGAAGAUGGAGUGCAUCAUUAUAGGGACAAGGAAGGGAUGGUGCAUUUCUAUGAUGAAGAGAAGAAGGCAUGGUUUCCGAAGGUAGACGAUGAUUUCAUGGCUAGGUAUCAGUUGAGUUACGGGUUUGGGAAUGCUGAUGAGGGUAAGGAAAGUUCCGCGAAAGAAGAAGAAGAAAUUCCUGAGGAUUCGGAGGAAGAAGAAGAACCAAUGCCGGAGGAACCUCCCAAGCCGCAGGGCAAAAAGCGGAAAGCUCCUCCGGAACCGCCCAAGUGGUUCGAGUUGAAACCGGAACAUAACACAAAGGUUUAUGUGUCCAAUCUUCCGCUGGACAUUACGGAAGAGGAGUUCGGUGAACUGAUGUCCAAAUGCGGAAUGGUGCUGAAGGAUCCACGGACGAACAAGUUGAAGCUUAAACUGUACCGCGAUGCAAAUGGGGAGCUGAAAGGCGAUGGAUUAUGCCACUAUAUCAAGAUUGAGUCGGUUGAAUUGGCGCUCAACAUUUUGGACAAUUAUGACAUCCGUGGGCACAAGAUCCGCGUUCAGCAGGCCGAGUUCCAGCUCAAGGGCGAGUACAACCCGGCGCUGAAGCCGAAAGUCAGGAAGAGGGAAAAGGAGAAGAUCCGCAAGAUGCAGGAAGCAUUGUUCGACUGGCGCCCGGAAAAGAUGCGCGGCGAACGGUCCAAGCAUGAGCGGAUCGUCAUCAUUAAGAAUCUGUUCGAGCCGGAGCUAUUCGAGCGGGAGGUCCAUCUGUUGCUGGAGUACCAGGGCGACCUGCGGGAGGAGUGCAACAAGUGCGGAACCUGCCGCCGGGUUGUGCUGUUCGACCGCCAUCCGGAGGGUGUGGCCCAGAUCACGAUGAGCGACCCGGAGGAAGCCGACCUGGUGGUCAAACUCAUGAACGGGCGGUUCUUCGGCAAGCGCAAGCUGACGGCGGAGAUCUGGGACGGGCGGACCAAGUUUAGAGUUGCCGAAACCGAGGCGGACGUCAACAAGCGUCUGGGCAACUGGGAAAAGUAUUUGGAGAAAGAGGAAGCAGCGGCAUCCACCGAAGCACCCAAACAGCAGCAACCCACCGAGAACGCACCGGCCACGACGGCCACACCUGCCCCACCUGCGGAGGUGAAAAGCACCCCGGAGAAAGAGGAAAACGGCGACAAACCGCAAAUUGCUGCGGCGGCGACGCCGGCCGAUGACGAUAACAAUCCGGCCGGUGGUGACGGUAACGAUGCGGAACCGCCGACGACAACCAAACCGCAGCCGCCUCCGGCCAGCGACGACCUCGAGGUAGAUGACGAUGACGACAACGAUUCGUCUCAAGUGGAAACAAACUAAAAAUCAACAUAAAUUACGAACAAUUGCAAAAAGUUAAAGGUUUGUUCUAGAAUAAAACGGUACUUGCAUCGCAGCCCCGCACCGUA